UGCGCGUGUGUCUGGCCGCUCGUCCCCCCUCCCCCCCCAUUCAGGUGCUGGAAGGGGUGCGCCCUCGCGCCGAUGCGCUCGGGGCGGAGCAAAGCGAGUGAUUCACAAGCGCUGAGCGGGGGAAGGCGACUCCAUCCUCGCCUUUGGGGGGCUGCCGCCGGCGGAGCGAGGAUGGGCCGCGCGAGCGCAGGGGACCGGCGUGGGGCUGGUGCGGCGCGCGCCUGGCUGCUGAGGAGUUGCUGCUGGGGCGCAAUCGGAGCCAGCGCGCGCCGCCUCCGCGCCGAGCCCAGUUGAACCGCUUUGCUUUCUCCGUCUGGAGCGACUGCAAGCUUCCCGGAGGGGCUCCUCGCUCGCCCUUUGCAACCCGCUGUCUCAGCGCAGAAGAAAGGCAGCCUCCUUUCGGCCGGGGGCGGUUUCUGCCUCGUCCCCUCCCUUCCUCUUGGUUCUCCUUUUUUUUCCUCCGGAGUAGGGUGGGAGGGGAGACUCGGAAGAGCCCCGGCGAGGGAAGCCAGACGCGCGCAGCCCGCCCGCCCGGGUGGUGCGUAAAGGAACCAUGCGAGAAUACAAAGUGGUCGUGCUGGGCUCGGGCGGGGUGGGCAAAUCCGCGCUCACCGUCCAGUUCGUGACGGGCUCCUUCAUCGAGAAGUACGACCCCACCAUCGAGGACUUCUACCGCAAGGAGAUCGAGGUGGACUCGUCGCCGUCGGUGCUGGAGAUCCUGGACACGGCCGGCACCGAGCAGUUCGCCUCCAUGCGGGACUUGUACAUCAAGAACGGGCAGGGCUUCAUCCUGGUCUACAGCUUGGUGAACCAGCAGAGCUUCCAGGACAUCAAGCCCAUGCGGGACCAGAUCAUCCGGGUCAAGAGGUACGAGAAGGUGCCCAUGAUCCUGGUGGGCAACAAGGUGGACCUGGAGGGCGAGCGGGAGGUCUCUUUCGGCGAAGGAAAAGCCCUGGCCGAGGAGUGGAGCUGCCCCUUCAUGGAAACUUCGGCCAAAAACAAAGCCUCGGUGGACGAACUCUUUGCCGAGAUCGUUCGGCAGAUGAACUACGCGUCCCAGCCCAAUGGGGACGAUCAGUGCUGCUCGUCUUGCGUGAUCCUCUGAAAGGAGAAGACGCGUGUCUGUCGUCUUAGAUUGUGGUUUCCUAUUGAGAUAAAUGAAGGUUUACAAAACAGAGGGGUGGGGGGAAAACCCCAGCCGCGCAAAAGCAGCGGCGGCGACCAAUGUGAUCCUGUGAAAAUCCCAGCUUCGAAACAAUUGCGCAUCACAGUCAGGGAUGCCUUCUAGGUUACGGCUUCUGUUGCUGCUGCGGGUGGUUAUCAGUGUCAUGGGUGUACAUCGUCUCUUGUUAACAUCUGGCUCUCUAUAAAAUAUCUCCGACCUCGUUGGCCCUUUCCGCAUGUACAUGCCAUCGAUUUUUGAUUGUUGCUUAUUUCUUGUAAGUACCUCUUUUGCAAAUGGCUGUGUUGGCAACUGAUAACCAGUAGGAAGAGUUUGCAUGUGUGUUGUUUGGGGUGUGCUCCUUUGCAGCCGGUGGAGAGAGAGAAAAGGGAGUUCACAAAUUGCUUUUUUUAAAAAAAAAAAAAGGAAAAGAAAAAGAAAAAAACACUGGAAGAUGUAAAACACACGCAAACGCUCAUGAGAACUUUUCGGAAGGGAAGCAGCGAACAAGAAGAAGAAGAAUGUUUGUACAUGUGGGGGAAAGGUCACGAUCCUCCACUGGUCAGUCUGGACUCAGGCGGUGACUAGGAGAUUUGAUUCUGAGGAUUUCUAUGCAAAGUUGGAAUAUUUGUUACCAAGCCUCUCCCAUCUGAAGAAGAACUGUACGUCUAUUGCCUGGGACUUUUAAUAGCACUGCUGAUGCCAAUAUGGUGUGUGAGGUGACAGAAAAGUGUCUGCUGAUUUACUUGUGAAAUCUUCUAUUUUGUUUACCUGCUGUAUCGGAAAGGAGGGGAUGAAGGGGAUUUAUUUGUGGUUUUGGUUUUUUUUAAAAAAAAUCAGCUGUGAAAAAACAUUACAGAUCUGCACAAUUUUUAAGUUGUGUGUGUUUUAGAGGGGUUGGAUUGGAGUUGAGGGGGAGGGCAACAGGGAUGGUUUGUCUAAUUUAAUGGGGGUGGGGGCGGGUGGCAAUCACUGAUUGUGACAACUAGCUCUCUAAAGUUACAAAGACUUCCUAAAAUGUGACCCAGGGUCAGACAGCAACCCUGUGUCAGUAGAGUGCCUUCAAGACAGCUGUUCCAGCCGGUGCCAUCCUUUGGAAGUUCCAAGUGUCCCAUUAUCUACUCCCAAAAAACUACUUCACAGUUUCCUUUCAGUCAUCAUAGUGACCAAGCCAGCACAGAAGGGCCCAUUGUCAAUGGAAUUAAUUUCCUAUUUUCCAUUUGGAGUUGUUUUAUUCAGUAUAGCCCCUGUGGCUUUCAAGUUUGGUCUCUCGUUUUCAAAAAAAGGGGUUUCUUUUAAUUCACAUUCCCAGGUAGUAGCAUUUUUUUCCCAUUUUUGUGUUCUCUUGUAAGAUGUUCCUUCAGCCAGCAACAAAAAGAAUUGUAAUGUGAUGUACUUGGAAAACGGAAUAUCUUCAACUGUAAUUUUAAAUUCCAGACAUACAUUUAAUAGAUGUUUUAUUCAUUUAAAGAUCUUUUAAUACAAUUUUCAUUUUUCAAAAA